UCUUUUGACGCUGUAAAUGAGCGUCAAGCGUCAGAGUGAAAAGGUACCUUUACGUUAUACCAGAAAAGUUUCUCUCUCAAAGAAAAUAUACUAAGGUUAUACUGUGAUAUUAUUGUGCAGUCGGUCAACAAAGUUCGGCUUCCAUUGUUAAAAAAUAAAACAUUAUCCGUAUAUAACAUUUUUGUUAGCGCGUUUUGAAUACGGGUCUAAAUUUAUAACGUUACUUUUAUAUUUAGAUCGUAAUCUAUUUUUUAUCGAGCAAGUGUUGGAUACCAAAAUUUGAUAAGCAAUAUUACUGCAAUAAUGAAGAAUGCAAAGGAGAAGAGCGAUGUGUGGAAACACUUCAAAAAAGAAAGCUCAACCUCUGCUCGGUGUAUACUUUGUAUGAAAGUAUUGAAGCAUGGAGGUAAUACUACAAAUUUACACAACCACUACAAGAAGGUACACAAAAUGCAUGUAGGAACAGGGCCAACGUCACCGAAACAAUCAAAAAUGUCUUCAGAAAACAGCUUAAAAUUUACACCAGGUAUAAACCAGAAAGAGACUAAAAUUACGGACUCUUUUUCACGCAUAAAUUCUUUUAUGGAGGGAGGUUCUUCAGCAAAUAAACUCACUAAUUGUAUUUUGUUCAUGAUUACAACCGAAAAUCUACCCUUAUCUCUUGUGGAUAGUAAAAGCUUUAGGCGUCUUAUAAAUACAGCGGCACCAAUGUAUAAGAUUCCUAGCAGAAGGACCAUAACUCGCCUCAUAGAUGCUAAGUAUGAUAUUUUAAAAGAAAGUUUUAAAAAACAUCUAAAACUCGGGUCUACAUUUACGUUAACGUGCGACAUUUGGACGGACGUGAGUAACCAAAGUUACAUUGGUGUAACAAUACACUAUUUACGACACGAAUUGGUUCUAUCAAACGCAAUGAUAGGUGUUUUCCCUCUGACGCAAAAUCACACUGCCAACUAUAUUAAAGACACAAUGAUAUCUAUAUUAGAGUCAUUUAAUAUAGAUGUAACAAGUAUAGCUGCCAUUGUAACUGAUAGCACUGCCAAUAUGACGAAGGCAAUCAUAGAUGGAUUUGGUCUUUCAAAACAUCUACCUUGUAUCGCCCAUCUUUUAUCCCACUUAGUUCCAGAUGCUAUCAAAUUGAACCCUCCAAUCGAUAAAAUUAUUACCAGAGUAAAAUCUAUUGUAACCGUAACAAAGCGGAGCGUUGUGGCAUCUGACGAAUUAAAACGUUUGCAAAUACGUGAUGGAAAAACUGAGAAUACGGCAUUAAAAUUUAAACAGGAUGUGCCAACGCGUUGGAAUUCAACGUAUCAUAUGAUUAAACGGUUUCUAGAAUUGAAAAAUUAUGUUUAUUCCGUACUCAUGACAUGCCCAACAGCUUCGACAGCACUUACGCGCGAUGAAAUCAAGAUUUUAGAAGAUAUCGUACAAGUUUUAGGCCCGAUUGAAUUUGUUACAAAUGAAAUAAGCGGUGAUUCAUAUCCAACAAGCAGUUUAGUAAUUCCGUUAAUUCACUGCAUGGAAGCCACCAUAAAAAACUGUAUUACUAAAACUCUUGAAGGCAAUGCAUUCAAAGACAGCAUUUUAUUUGAAAUUCAACGACGUUUCAAAGAAAUUGAAUCGUAUCAGAUAUUCGCAGUAUUAACUAUUCUAGACCCGCGAUAUAAAAAAAUGCAUUUUAAAUCUAUAAGAGCAGCUUCCGUUGCUAUAUCACAUAUUAAUCGCAAAUUAAAAACUAUUUCUACUAAUAAUAACACAGAGUCUAAUGUAAUCGAACAUGUAGAACCACGAACUAACAGCAAAUUAAAUGAAUUUAACGUUUGGAAUAUUCACCAAAGUUUAGUAGAGUCAUGUGCAUCAUCUGUUGAUGAGCCUGGUGGCAUGAAUCUUGAAUUGCGGCAAUAUUUGAAUCAGCCUAUAAUUCCACGUGAGCAAGAUGUAUUUAAGUUUUGGCAAACUCUUAGACCUGCGUAUCCGACACUUUUUGUAAUGGCAAUAAGUUACUUAUCUAUUGUUGCGACUUCGGUACCCUCUGAACGUAUGUUUUCUAAAGCUGGUAUUAUUAAAUCAGACUUGCGAAGCAGACUGAGCGGAAAACGACUAAAUAGUCUACUUUUUCUAGGUUCACUUAGUGAAGAGAUUUGGGGAUUAGACUAAGAAAAUAUUAACUAUGUCUUAUCUUUUCCUGUGUUCGCAUUUUGUGCAAUUUCUGUUGUUUAUAUAUUAUUUAUAUAUAAUGUUUAAAAAAUGUUUUUUAAUAAAACUUUUAUAUAGCGUUUGUCAUAUUAAAUAUAAUAAAAAA